CCCGGAGCAGCGCCGGGAGGGUAAGUUCGGGGAGAGCACUGCGCCGUUUGGGAACGCAACUUUGAGGAGACAGUGCGGUGGUUCUGGAGGCUGGGAAGUCCAAGACCAGUUGGCUCGCAUCUGGUGAGAGCCUUCUUGCUGUAUCAUCCUAUGGUGGAAGUCAUCACAUGGUGGAAGCGCAAAGAGAGGGCCAUACUUGUCCUUUUAUAAUGAACCUACUACUCCUGCAAUAACAGCAUAAUCUAUUCGUGAGGGCGGAACCCUCAUGGCCUAAUCAGCUCUUAAAGCUUUCAGUGAAGUUCCUUAUGACUUCCCCUGAAAUUGCUUCCUUAUCAUGGGGGCAAAUGAAAGUAAAAGGCUCUAAUACAACCUAUAAGGACUGCAAAGUAUGGCCAGGGGGCAGUCGGACUUGGGAUUGGAGAGAAACAGGAACUGAGCAUUCUCCUGGUGUGCAGCCUGCAGAUGUGAAGGAAGUUGUUGAGAAGGGUGUACAGACUCUUGUGAUUGGCCGAGGGAUGAGUGAGGCCUUGAAGGUGCCUUCAUCAACUGUGGAGUACCUCAAGAAACAUGGCAUUGAUGUGCGGGUCCUCCAGACAGAGCAGGCAGUGAAGGAGUAUAAUGCCUUGGUUGCCCAAGGGGUCAGGGUGGGAGGUGUCUUCCAUUCCACCUGCUGAUGGAGCCUUAAGAGGAGAAUAAAUCAUUUCUGUCCCUCAGGUAGAGACUACAGUGGUACUAACAUUAAAUACUUCAACACAAGGUCAGUCUAGAAGCUCCAUGAG